AUGGCUGCCACUCCAGAGCCCGGCAAGCCCGGGAAGGGGAAGUCAUUUAAGCUCCUAGGAAUUUUAGAUGUUGAUAACAUUCCCUGUGCAAGGGGCUCCGUAUUAUAUGGUUCAUUAGGAUCUGUUGUGGCUGGCCCCGGACAUUUUUUGUUAACUAGAAUUAGAAGAUCACGCCUAUCAUGUGACGUUGGAAUAGGAGGAUUUAUUUUGGUGACUUUAGGAUGCAGGUUCCAUUGCAAGUAUAAUUAUGUAAAGCAAAGAAUACAGGAAAGAACUGCCAGAGAAGGAAUUAAAAAUAUUAUAUGA